UCUUAAUUACACAACUCACCAUGCAACGACCUAAGAAUUGUCCAUGACUUUAUCUUAAACACCGAUUAAAUUAUCUCAAUCCAAACGUACUUGCACCUGAAAUCUAGCCUUGUUUUUUUUCUUCUUCUUGAAAUUUAACACCAUGGCUGCAGAAAUGGUGGGUGGAGCUCUUCUCUCUUCUGUGCUUCAAACGCUGUUCGAAAAGUUGGCUUCACGAGAGGUUGUGGACUUCUUCAGGAGAAAGAAAGUCGAUGAUGGUUUGCUCAAGAAGCUGAAGACUACGUUUUUGUCCGUCAACAUUCUGCUCAACGAUGCUGAAGAGAAGCAAAUCAGAAACCCGGGCGUGAGGAAGUGGCUCGAUGAGCUCAUAGAAGCAACUUAUGAUGUUGAGGACUUGAUGACUGAGAUUACAACGAUCAAGUUCGAGCAAGAUCAAGGCUGCACCAGCUCAAGUCAUCAUCAUCAGGUACCAUUCUUGAAGAAGCUCUCUCCUUCGUUUAUGUUUGACAAAGCAUUGUUUCGUAAUAAGAUAGCUGAGAUUCUUGAGAGGUUGAAACUUCUUCUGCAACAGAAAGAUGUGCUUGAUUUGAAAUCUGUUACACAAAACAGACACUUACAGAGAUUGCCUGCUCCUUUGGCUCAAGAGUCUAGUGUUUAUGGGAGGGAUGGUGAUAAAGAGUCUGUAGUGAAUUCGUUGUUGUUGUCAGAUAAUAAUUAUGAUGGUAUUGAUGGUACUAAUAGUGAUAAGAUAUCUGUGAUUCCAAUUGUGGGGUUGGGUGGAAUUGGUAAGACUACACUUGCUCAGAUUGUUUAUGACGAUGAGAGAGUGAAAAGACAUUUUGAGCUCAAAGCAUGGGUUACUGUGUCAGUUGAAUUCGACAUUUUGAAAAUAACAAGAAUGAUUUUGGAGAGGGUGUCCAUGAAGAAAUGUGAGAAUGAGGAACUAUAUGAGCUUCAAAUUAAGUUGAAAGAGGCUUUGAUGGGGAAAAAGUUUCUGAUUGUUCUUGAUGAUGUUUGGAGUGAAAACUACUCCCUUUGGGAUGUUUUAAGAAGUCCAUUUGAAUUUGGAGCAGAAGGAAGUAAAAUCAUUGUCACCACACGCAGUGAAAUUGUUGCAUCAAAAAUGGGCAGUGUUCCAUCUUAUGAACUACAAGUAAUGUCAGAUGAAGAUUGCUGGUGCUUAUUUUCAAAGCAUGCCUUCAACAAUGGAGACUUAAAUGCAUACUCAGAUUUACAAGAAAUUGGUAGAGAAAUUGUUAAAAAGUGCAAGGGACUUCCUUUGGCUGUGAAAUCACUUGCUGGGCUUCUGAGAGCUGUGCUAAAUCCUGAAGAGUGGAGAAGAAUUUUGAAAAGUGACAUAUGGGAGUUGCAGCUGCAAGAAAAUGACAGCAACAACAACAUUCUUCCAGCUCUGUGGUUGAGUUACUAUUAUCUUCCAUCACAUCUUAAGCGCUGCUUUGUAUUCACCUCAGUGUUCCCUAAAGAUUAUGAGUUUGAAAAAGAAAAAAUAAUCUUCAUGUGGAUGGCUGAAGGUCUUCUGCAAUCUGACACAGAAAAAGCACAAGAAGAUGUUGGAGAAGAGUACUACCAAGCUUUAAUCUUAAGGCUAUUGUUCCAAAGAUCAAGUAGAGAUGAAUCAACUUUCUUCAUGCAUGAUCUUGUCCAUGAUCUUGCCAUUUUUGUAGCAGGAAAGUUUUCUUUCAGGUUGGAUGAUGAUAAUCUACACAAGGUUGCUAGCGAAAUUCGACAUUUAUCGUGCAAAAGUUAUGUGAGUUUGUCUAAACUUAAGAGUUUGCGCACCUUCAUUGCAAUACCAUCGUUCACAUUAGAUGGAUCAUCAUCAGUAAAUCACUUGGAUUUGAGUGAGCAUUUUUUCAUAGGUGGGUGCUUGAGAGUACUCUCUUUAUCUCAUGCUUUGAUCAAGAAAUUGCCUGAUUCAAUAGGCAAUUUGAAGCAACUAAGGUACUUGGAUUUAUCUUCCACUGAAAUUGUUGAGUUGACUGAGUCCAUUUGUUCUUUGUUCAAUUUGCAAGCACUCCUCUUGUCCAAUUGUCGAAAUCUUACUCAGUUACCGGCUAACAUGGGAAGUCUAGCCAACUUGCGCCACCUCGACAUUGCAGACACACCUAUCACAGAAAUGCCAGCCUUAAUGUCCAAUUUGAAAGACUUGCAAACAUUGCCUUAUUUUGUUUUGAAUGAACAUGGUGGCUCUAGAGUUAAGGAGCUAAGAGAGCUGCAGCAUCUUCAUGGAACACUUGUCAUUGCAGGGCUUGAAAAUAUAGUCAAUGUUGAGCAUGUAUUGGAGUCGAAUUUGAAGGACAAGAAGUGUCUUAGAGCACUAAGCUUGAAAUGGCAAUAUGGUGAUAUUGAUGAUUCACAAAAGGAAAGAGAAAUACUUGAUGGUCUCCAACCUCACACAAAGUUAGAGAAUCUCUACAUCAGUGGCUACAGAGGUACAAAUUUCUCAUCAUGGAUAGGAGACUAUUCAUAUUCUAGUAUGGUAGAGGUUCAUUUACUUAACUGCAAAAGUUGUUGGUUUUUACCUCCAUUUGGGCAGCUACCUUCCCUUAAAAAGCUUCAAAUUUUGGCAUUUGAUAGUGUGGUAACAAUAGGUGCAGAAUUUUACUCGAGUGGUUCUUCUCAGGUGAUCAAGCCAUUUAGAUCCUUAGAAAUUCUGAAUUUUCGCUUCAUGUCGGAGUGGAAGGAGUGGUCAUUCAUUAAAGUCGAAGAAGGUGGAGUUUUUCCUCGUCUUAGGGAACUUAACCUUGAAGGUUGUCCAAAACUAAAUGUACAGCUACCAAAUUCUCUUCCCUCUUUAACAAAGCUUCAAGUAUGGAGAUGUAGACAACUGUUGCCUCUACUUCCAAGGCCUGAUCACACUGCAUUUCCAUGCCUUAGGACUAUGGAUAUAUACAUGUGCCCAGAACAAGAAUCAUUUUUGGAAGGUGGGUUCCCUUCAAGUAUAACUUCACUUCAAAUUUUCAACUGCAACAAGCUCGAGUCCCUCAAUGGCAAAGGCUUUCAAGGCCUGAAUUCUCUUCAAGAGUUGGUUAUUGGUAGGUGUCAAGAGCUCAAAUGUCUACCAGACGAAGGAUUGCCUGAUUCUCUUCUGCAUUUGUGUAUAAGUGAUUGUCCUUUGCUACAACAGCGGUGCCAAAGAAAUGAAGGUCAAGAUUGGACUAAGAUUGCUCAUAUUCCUCGAAUAGAGAUUGAUUGGGAACUGAUUUGAAGUUCAUUAUAUAUGCAGUUGUUGUUGAAGUUCAUUUAUAUUGUUCUUUUUUUUGGUUUUAUAUUUACAGACUUUGAAAUAAGUCUAGUUCAGGAUAAUGAGUUUAUUUGGAAUAUGGUAAACAAAAUAGGAAUGAAUGGAUUAAUUCUAAACA